UGUACAAGCACUUUUACACUUGUGUUGGUCUUCUUUAAACCCACUUUCAUUAAUUGCCUAUAAUUAAGUCAUCGAACUGUGUGUUUUGUCGGUAUUUGUUUGAUUAUGGGGUUGCAGGGAUUGAGGGAGAAUUAGAGUUGGAGUUUACCGGCGGCGGAUUGGUGGCAGAAUGGAGCUCGAGAUGGCGGACAUGGAAGCCCAAACUCAGGCGGUCAAGGAGAGAGAAAGUCCGGGCAUCUUCAAGAAAGCGAAUCGUCUAGUUUCAUUGAAGUUUGAGGAUGUUGUUUACAAGAUUAAAAUCAGACAGGAAGGAUGUAUGAAGAAUUCGAAAACAGAAGAGAAAUUAAUCUUGAAAGGUAUAUCUGGUAUAGUGUUUCCCGGAGAAUUGCUAGCCAUGCUAGGUCCAUCAGGCAGCGGCAAAACAACUCUACUGACCGCCUUAGGAGGUCGACUAGGUGGACGUCUCGGUGGAAGCAUAACAUACAGUGGAAAGCCAUUUUCGAACGCGAUGAAGCGAAAUACGGGCUUUGUUACACAAGAUGAUAUCCUAUAUCCUCAUCUCACCGUGACAGAAACACUCGUGUAUACUGCACUUUUAAGAUUGCCUAAUAGUAUAAGCGGAAAGGAAAAGGUCAAUCAUGCCGAAGCUGUGAUAUCUCAGCUUGGAUUAUCGAGAUGCAGGGACAGCAUAAUAGGCGGUCCGCUUCUGAGAGGAGUCUCUGGGGGUGAGCGAAAACGUGUUAGUAUUGGGCAAGAAAUGCUUAUUAAUCCAAGUUUAUUGUUUCUUGACGAACCCACAUCAGGCCUUGAUUCGACAACAGCUCAAAGGAUUGUCCACACAUUGUGGGAAUUGGCUAAUGGAGGUAGAACGAUAGUUAUGACAAUUCACCAGCCAUCGAGUAGGCUUUUUUAUAUGUUUCAUAAGGUCCUAUUGCUGUCUGAAGGCAAUCCUUUGUAUUUUGGGAAGGGCUUGGAAGCUAUGGAUUACUUCUCGAGUAUCGGGUUUCGUCCCUCUGUUGCUAUGAAUCCUUCAGAUUACCUGUUAGAUCUUGCAAAUGGAGUUUCAACCAAUGACUCUCGGGAAGAUCAAGCCGCCAUUAAGCAA